AGAGCACUUUAAGGUUACCAAGUACUAGGACUACUGGUCUCGUGUCUGGUUAGAAGAAGCUUCACUCGUGGCUCAUUAGUGAUCACAAACAAAUGAUCAAUCCUGAGACAAACGCACAAUGCACAUGUUAGCAAACACAAGUGUAAUAACCAUGGCAGCCUCCUCCUCAGUAUUGGUGGCCCAAUUUUCAUACAGCGCAGCCAGUAGCUUCACUGGUCCAAAAUGCUUGGGAUUUUCCCGCCAUUUAAACCGUCAUGAAUCGGGCUUUAUUUUAUCAACUGCUACUCUCAGCUGUACAUUACAGCGCAGGACGCGGUUGCGUUGCUUAAUCACCUGCUCUGCCUCGGAUGAGCCUACCUCCUCUCCCCAAUUCAGUUCAGAUGCCAAGAUACGGAGUGAAGUUCUUACUCCAUUUCGAUCAGUCCGAAUGUUCUUUUAUCUUGCUUUUAUUGCCAGUGCUUCUCUAGGAGGACUAAUAGCUACUACCCAGUUAAUUGGUGCACUUUCCAAUCCAUCGAGAGCAGCUGAAGUGCCUAAGAUUCUUGAAGGCCUUGGCAUAGAUAUAGCAGCUGUAUCUGUAUUUGCAUUUCUUUAUUCUGGGGAUAAUAAUGCUAAGAAUGCUCAGUUGGCUAGACUGACAAGAGAGGAGAACCUUUCGAAUCUUAAGCUUCGGGUAAAUGAGAAGAAGGUUGUUCCUGUUAAUGCAUUUAGAGGAUUUGCUCGUCUUGUUAUAGUUUCUGGCCCUUCAUCUUUCAUUUCUGAGUCUUUUAAAUUUAGUGAACCUUUCACUGAGGGCCUUCUGGAGAGAGGGGUGCUUGUGGUUCCUUUUGCCACAGACGGGGAAUUACCUGAUUUUCAAUUUGAUGAGAGUGAGGAAAUGAAGGAGCUGACUGGAAAACGGAAACGGCUGUGGCAGCUAAAUCCCGUUCUCUUGACUGAGUGGUCCAAGUGGUUAGAUGAACAAAAGAAACUCGCCAAUGUUUCAUCUGAUUCUCCAGUGUAUUUAUCUCUUCGCUUGGAUGGUCGGGUUCGUGGUAGUGGAGUUGGUUACCCUCCUUGGAAUGCUUUUGUUGCACAGCUACCGCCUAUAAAGGGACUAUGGACAGGUCUUUUUGAUGGCUUUGACGGGCGAGUUUGAUUUGAUUCACUUGGUACUUACAGAGUUUUAGAUUUUUCUGGACGAGUUUGACUUGAUCCAGUUUACAGGAUUUGAUACAGAUGAAUGGGGAUCAAUCAAACAUACUUUAGGUGGCUGGAGAUAACAGUACAGGUACAUUUGUAAAUUUGAGACUUGUAUUAAUAGUCUCUAUUUUCAUACACAGCCUUUUUGAGCAAUUGUAUGUACAUAGCAGUAAUUUUAGAAUACAAAAUUGGCUGGCAACUUGUAAACCGACAGAAAGCAUUGUUUCUACUUGAAAUUGAUAAUAAGAGUCAGACUUUCUGGUGUUUUUCGUUAAUCCAGCA